GAAAAUGGAUCGGUACCUGCUGCUGGUGACCUGGGGGGAAGGAAGGCUGCCGUCGGCGGCCGGCGGGGAGGCCGAGCCUGGGUCCGUGAUGUCGGCCGCUGAGGGCACCGAAAGGCGGCCGAACUUCAUGGCAGCUAAUAUUUAUCACCUCCUCAAGACAAGCAUUAGUGCUUCCAUCAAUCCAGAGGAUAGUACAUUCCCUGCUUGUUCAGUGGGUGGCGUACCUCAUCCCAAGAAGUGGUUCUUCGCAGUACAAGCGAUAUGUGGAUUUAAUCAGUUUUGUAGUUCUGAUUGGCAAGAGAUACAUUUUGAUGCUGAACAAGAUAAGAUUGAAGAUGUCCUUCGAGAAAACAUGGAAGAAUGUUUGAGCACUGCCGAGUGCUUUGACGACGAAGAUAGUAAUAGCAGGGAGUCCUUCCCCGUGGCUGACCUAUAUGAAGAAGCAGCAGAAAAUCUGCAUCAGUUAUCAGACAAGCUUCCUGCCCCUGGUAGAGCAAUGGUAGACAUAAUAUUGCUACCUUCUGACAGAGAUCCUCCCAAAUUACAAGACUGUUUACCCACUGUAGGAGCAUUAAAACACCUGAGGGAAUGGCAUGCAGCAAAAAUUACGUUAGCAGGAAAUCAGUGUGAAAUAAAUUGUCAGAAAAUUGCAGAAUACCUUUCUGCUAAUGUUGUUCCUUUCGAAGAACUCAGAAAUGUUGUUGACUCAGAGGAAUUAUGGAGGGGAAAGAUUCAGAUACGGGAAAGAAAGUUUGGAUUUGAAAUUAGUUUUCCUGAAUUUUGUCUCAGAGGAGUCACACCUAUGAAUGUUAGUACAUCUCAUUUAAAUAGUUGCUUUCUUGCCAAAAAGAUAACACCAUCAAAAGAGAAGAAUAUUUUACCUAAGGUUUUCCAUUAUUAUGGCCCUGCUUUAGAAUUUGUACAGAUGAUAAAACUGUCAGAUCUACCUUCCUGUUUUGUGUCAGAUAUCGAAUUUGAACUAGGAUUGAGUGGACACCACACCCGGCGGAAUUCCUCAUUGCUGUUGGAGCAGAUCUCUUCUCUGUGUGGCAAGGUUGGUGCUCUUUUUGUAUUGCCAUGUACAGUUAGUAACAUACUCAGUCCACCACCCAACCAACUCAGUUCAAGAAAAUGGAAGGAGUAUAUAGCUAAAAAGCCUAAAACAAUCAGUGUUCCAGAUGUAGAGGUGAAAGGAGAGUGCUCUGGUUACUACCUCUUACUACAAGGAAGCGGCCCUGGAAGGUGCAAAGCCAUGCUGAUUCACUCGGCCAACCAGAUCAAUGGCUCAUUCACAUUAACUUUAAUUCAUGGAAAGAUGACAACAAAGACAGAUGAGGCUCAAUUGAGUUUUCCUUUUGACUUCUUAUCACUUCCAAGCUUUUCUGAGGAGCAGAUAUUACAGAGGGAGAAACAGUUAGCUCACGUUCAAGUCUUGGCUUUGAAAGAAUGCCUGAGAAGGAGAAAGUUGGCAAAACGGCCUGAAGCACUUUCUGCAGAUGAACUCCGAAGUCUGCUGGCGCUCACGCGGGAACGCUUUUUAGAUCGCUUUGAUGCCCUCCUCCCUGAAACGCGCCUGGCACAGGCAGACAAGGUGAAAACCUCCCGGGUGUUAAAUGUUACCAGCGCAGUAGAACCUGAUUCUUCACGUGUAAUGGAAUCCAGUCCCGUGGAAUGGCCAGAAAGGCAUGUUCUUCAGAAUUUGGAAACGUUUGAGAAAGCUAAACAAAAAAUGAGAGCUGGUUCAUUUCCUCGUUCAUCUGAACAGUUACUCGGCCAUAAGGAGGCUUCCCGGGAUGCAGCCCCAGUGCUGGACGCUAAAGAGUUGCUGAGGCACUUCACCUCGGACGGGUCGCCCAUAGGGGACCUGCAGCCUUUACAGAUACAAAAGGGGGAAAAAACUUUCAUUUUGACACCAGAACUUAGUCCUCGGAAACUUCGGGUCUUACCUUUUGAAAAGGCCGCAGCAUGCCAUUAUCACGGAAUUGAAUAUUGCUUGGACGACCGCCGAGCUUUAGAGAGAGACGGGGGAUUUUCUGAACUGCAGUCUCGUCUCAUUCGGUAUGAGACCCAAACCACCUGCUCCAGGGCCAGCUGCCCCGCCCCCUCUGUGCUGAGCCCGCCUCCCGCCGUCCUGCCGGAGCCUCGGAGCGCCCCCGAUGGAGAAGCUCUGUACAGUGAACUCCGAACCGAAGCCUCUCAACUGAAGCGCAGAUCUAAGGAUCAGAGUUGCCUUUAUCCCCCCAAAAGAAUCAUGAAAUCCCAAAGUUCUGAUUCUCUUUGCCAAACAAAUGGCAACAAUAAUCAUCAUUGUCGCCGUCUCGUGGUGACAUCCAGAAAGCCACAGACCGAGCAAUCCUUGUCAGUGACUUGCCCAGGGCUGCCAGCUCCCGGUUGUGAAACUUCAGAAGCCACUACAAAAACCAGUUCAGUACAAAAAAGGGCACCUGAGUCAAAAGCAUCAAAGCAAAUUAAGGAAUCAAGAUCACAGAAACAUACACGGGUACUGAAGGAGGUAGUGACUGAAACCCUAAGGAAACACCGUGUCACUGAGGAUCAUGAAUGUUUCACUGCAUGCAGCCAGCGUCUCUUUGAAAUUUCCAAGUUCUACCUAAAGGAUCUUAAAACUUCAAGGGGACUAUUUGAAGAAAUGAAGAAAACAGCAAACAAAAAUGUUGUACAGGUGAUUGAAUGGGUAUUAGAAAAGACAAGCAAGAAAUGAUAUAGUUGCCCUCCUUAUGAGAAUUAUAAUUGGGUGGAUUGUUAUUGACUGGAAACUAUACACAAACUUUGAACUCUACUCCAAGAAUUCAUGCUACAUUUGAGAAGAAGAUCCUCAGUGUCCUGUAUUUAUAUAGUUUUUGUGAUGCCCAGUUAAGGUAUUUUUAAA